CUGACGGGUUCAGACACCCCUGCAGUCUGAAGGGACAAGACCAGACCCCUCAUCAUCUCCCCCCUUUCAGCUCACAGGUUCUCCGAUUCCAGCCUUGGGCCCUCAACAACUCGGCCAUGGCAGCGGUCAGGCUCCUGCCUCCAUCAGCGAGACCACAGGGCGGCUCUGCACCCGCUUCUCCGCUCGCUAUGGACGCCGGGUCCAACCUGCAGCCCCUGUCCUUGCGGGCCAAGGUCACCUUCGACGACGUGGCUGUGCUGCUCACCCAGGAGGAGUGGGACCACCUGGGCCCGGCGCAACGGGUCCUCUACCGGCACGUGAUGAUGGAGACCUACGGCAACGUGGUGUCCCUCGGUCUUCCAGGCUCCAAGCCCAGCAUCAUCUCCCAGCUGGAGCGCGGGGAAGAGCCCUGGGUCCGGGACGAGGCGGGCAGUGUCCAGGCAGCGGUGGAAAAGGGAGACGAGCAGCAGAAGGAAGCCUGGGACCCGCCGCAGCCGCCAUCCGCGCCCCGCGAGGAGGCGUCCGCGGGUCCGAGCCCCGCGGGUCCGGUCCCCAGCCCGAGCGCGCAGCCCGCAGCCGCGGCCACCGGGGAGAGGCCCUACCGCUGCCUGGAGUGCGGGAAGGGCUUCGGGCGCAGCUCGCACCUGCUGCAGCACCAGCGCACGCACACGGGCGAGAAGCCGUACGUGUGCGGCGUGUGCGGCAAGGCCUUCAGCCAGAGCUCGGUGCUGAGCAAGCACCGGCGCAUCCACACGGGCGAGAAGCCGUACGCGUGCGAGGCGUGCGGCAAGGCGUUCCGCGUGAGCUCGGACCUGGCGCAGCACCACAAGAUCCACACGGGCGAGAAGCCGCACGCGUGCGCCGAGUGCCGCAAGGCCUUCACGCAGCUGUCGCACCUGCUGCAGCACCGGCGCAUCCACACGGGCGAGCGGCCCUACGUGUGCGCGCUGUGCGGCAAGGCCUUCAACCACAGCACGGUGCUGCGCAGCCACCAGCGCGUGCACACGGGCGAGAAGCCGCACGCCUGCGCCGACUGCGGCCGCGCCUUCAGCGUCAAGCGCACGCUGCUGCAGCACCAGCGCACGCACACGGGCGAGCGGCCCUACGCGUGCGGCCAGUGCGGCCGCGCCUUCAGCGACCGCUCGGUGCUCAUCCAGCACCACAACGUGCACACGGGCGAGAAGCCCUACGAGUGCGGCGCCUGCGGCAAGGCCUUCAGCCACCGCUCCACGCUCAUGAACCACGAGCGCAUCCACACGGACGAGAAGCCCUACGGCUGCUUCGCCUGCGGCAAGGCCUUCGUGCAGCACUCGCACCUGGUGCAGCACCAGCGCGUGCACACGGGCGAGAAGCCCUUCGUGUGCCGCGAGUGCGGCCACGCCUUCAGCGCGCGCCGCUCGCUCGUGCAGCACGAGCGCAUCCACACGGGCGAGCGGCCCUUCGCCUGCCAGCAGUGCGGCAAGGCCUUCAGCCUCAAGGCCACGCUCGUCGUGCACCUGCGCACGCACACGGGCGAGCGGCCCUACGAGUGCGGCCGCUGCGGCAAGGCCUUCAGCCAGUACUCGGUGCUCGUGCAGCACCAGCGCAUCCACACGGGCGAGCGGCCCUACGAGUGCGCCGAGUGCGGCCGCGCCUUCAACCAGCACGGCCACCUCAUCCAGCACCAGAAGGUGCACCGCAGGCCCUGAGCCCCGGG